AUGAAAUCGAAUCUCCAGCGUCUCGAAUUCGAAAGCGAAGCCGAAUUCAAGGAAAUGAUGACGGCUUGUUGGGAAGCAUUUGAGAAUCCUUUCAAUUCCUAUCUUCGAAUAGUCUAUUAUCUCAAAGAUGACUCCCCGCAGGAAAGAGAGCGAUCUAUCCAGGUAGCCACAGAAUCUGCUCUAAGACACCAUACACAGAGAUCUCCCAAUAGUUAUUGGAUGAAAAUAACUGAGUCUACGCAUAAAAAGUUGGUCGGAGCUGCAAAUUGGAUUUAUUUCCAAGAAAAUUCAGACACUAUCAAUAAUGCAAACCCAGUCGUUGCUCUUUGGUGGCCAGAGGGAAUCGGUCGAGAAUAUGCCAACAAUUUCAUCCGACAAAUUGAGGCCCAUAAGUAUUACCUACAUUGUAAUCGACCAUACUUGCUCUUAAACAUCGCGUUCACCAUUCCGGAAUUUCGAAGGAAAGGUGCUAUGAAAUUGGUGAUGGAUUGGGGCAUCAAAAAGGCUGAUGAAUUAGGUGUCGACGCAUAUGUAGAGGCGACCGAGACGGGAAGAUUACUAUACGAAAAGUAUGGAUUCAUGACAUACUACAAGGUGGUGGUGAACACCAGUAUUGAAAAUCCAAGUACGACUUGGAAAGAUCUGGAGGAAACACUGUCUCCUGAGCCUCAGUACUUUAUGUGGCGACCCAUUAAGGGGUGA